AUGGAAAACCAAACUGACCGACACCACUUUUCCCUCACUGGCCUCUCCAAAAAUCUGCACCUCCAGAUUCUUUUCUUUUCCCUUUUCUUGGUCAUUUAUUUGCUAACCCUGCUGGCAAACUCUUUGAUCAUAUUGGCUGUAAGAACUAAUUGUCAUCUCCAGAAUCCCAUGUACUUCUUCCUGAGCCACCUCUCUUUCCUUGAUGUGUGUUUCUCAUCAAGCACAGUUCCAGAGAUGUUAAAGAUCAUCGUUGCGAAACAGAAAACCAUAUCUAUUGGAGGGUGCUUCACUCAAGCUUUUUUGAUUUUGCUCUUGGCUACGACUGAGGUCUUUAUCCUCUCAUCAAUGGCAUAUGACAGAUACACUGCCAUAUGCAAACCUCUGCAUUACACUGAAAUAAUGAACAUACCAUUCUGCCAAAAGCUAGUGGCUACUGCAUGGGUGAUUGGUUUGUUGUAUGCACUUACAAACAUAUUGCCAUUGUUAGUGUUACAGUUCUGUGGGUCACACAUCAUAAGGCAUUUCAGCUGCGAGCUGCCUUCUAUCCUUUCUCUUUCAUGCACUGACACAUAUAUGAACAAAGUAUUGUUUUUUAUUAGUGGAAGUACUGUUGGGCUGGUCUCCUUGUCCCUCACCAUUCUGUCCUACAUUCACAUUAUUUCCACCAUUCUGAGAAUUACCUCUGCUGAAGGGAGACAUAAAGCCUUUUCUACUUGUACCUCACACCUCACUGUUGUGGUUUUUUUCUAUGGAACUGGCUACUUCCGCUAUCUGAGGCCAGCUUCAAUUUCAUCUGUAAUUUUGGAUGAAAUACUUUCCAUACAGUACUGUGUCCUCACACCUUUGCUGAAUCCCAUCAUCUACAGCAUACAGAACAAGGAGGUUAAAGCAGCAUUGAAAAAGAUGCUGCGAUUAAAAAUUUGA